UCUUUCACCCAGCAACUUUAUCCUCCUUCGUUCUAUCCUGACGCCUUUUCUCUACCAAGCCAUGGACGUCUUCUCCCCAUCCCAGCUCUACUACGACAGAGCUUGUGCUUCCUCUCCAGACAGCCUGGAGUUUGGCACCAGCAUGGAGCUCACGGGCUCCGAGGAGGACGAGCACGUCCGAGUGCCCGGUGCCCCUCACCAGCCCGGACAUUGCCUCCAGUGGGCCUGCAAGGCCUGCAAACGCAAAUCCAGCUUUGUGGACCGCCGGCGGGCCGCCACCAUGCGGGAGCGCCGACGGCUGAAGAAAGUGAACCACGCUUUUGAGGCUUUGAGGCGCUGCACCUCGGCCAACCCCAGCCAGCGCCUGCCCAAGGUGGAGAUCCUGCGCAACGCCAUCCAGUACAUUGAGAGCCUGCAGGAACUGCUGCGGGAGCAGGUGGAGAGCUUUUACGGCCUACCUGGAGAGAGCAGCUCCGAGCCAGGCAGCCCACUGUCCAGCUGCUCUGACAGCAUGGCUGGAAGCAACAGUCCAGUGUGGCAACACCUGAAUGCAAACUACCGUAAUGGCUUUUCAUUUGCAAAGAACGACGGUUUGGAUGACAAAGCCCUCGGCGCCUCCAGUUUGGAGUGUCUGUCCAGCAUCGUGGACCGCCUGUCUUCGGCAGAGUCAGGCUGUGGACCGACCUCUCUGAGGGACCUGCCCACCUUCUCGCCCGGCAGCUCCGAGUCCCAGCCCUGCACGCCAGAGAGCCCGGGCUCCAGGCCCGUCUACCACGUCCUGUGAAGGAAAACCCACGCUUUGAUGUGGAUAGAUUGCCGCGGGGGCACAACAGUUUCUUCAGACACCAGCUGCUCUUGCGACAAAGUGAUAGUAAGAAGAAGUUUUUCGUGCAAAGCGGACAAGGACAGCAAAGUCUGAGGAGCCGUGGCAAAUAUCUUUCAUUCUUUACAUGAGAUUUUGUAAAUAUGUAAUAUAACGCCAAUUUAUUCUACAUGAGCUAUAAUACCCAAUGUGACAUAUUUAAUGUAAUGAUGCAUUAUUCAGUUUUAAAAUAUUUAAAGUGUUAUGUUUUUUUCAGUCCAUGUUGUUGUGUUUAUUAAACUUUAUGUUUAAACGUUCUGAGGGCUUUAAGUUUUCUAUGGCUUAUGAAUUAUUCAAGUUCAGCAGAGUUUCCAGAAAGGCAGAAGCACAUUUGUAGUUUUCAUCUUUAUAUUUGUGUGAUUACCACUCCCCAUUUAGUCUGUUUGCAAAUGUAUUUUCCAGUUCUCAUUACAGAAAAUUUAAAAUGCUCACUUAGAAUAACUGAUUCCUUUGAGUUCUUGGUGCUGUGGCAAAACUGACAGAGUUAAACACAGAGUUUGUCCGUGAUAGUCUCGCCUCUCUACAGCUAACAAGCCUUCAGGAUCACAUUUGAGGUCAGCUGACAUCAUUUGUUAUUUUGUGCUGCUGCGAUCACUCAUGUGGCUUUUCGUUUGUGAAUUAUCUUAAAAUCCAUGUACUCAUUCCAGAAAAAUAAGAAAAAUGCCCCUCGCAAUGUAAUCAAGGAAACAAAUGGAAGUAUCUCACUACUUUUAAGGCGCUGGUGUGGUUUUCUACACUCUGUGUACCUGUUUGCUCUCUCUAACCAAAUGUAAGUCAUCAUUAGCGCCCCUCAUUAUACCACCAGCACUAGUGUGGAGAACAGAUGGCCUCGGAUGGUACUUAUCGGGUGACUUAAGGAGGGGGUGGUCAGGUCUUAUUGGGCUGCAAGUAAG